AUGCCCCAUGCCCCAAUCACGGGCUCACCUCAGGUCAUCUACACCACGGCUGGCGGCGCGCUAGCGAACUUGCUGCACAAGAUGAGCGAUGACGAGGAAGUGGACAAGGGUCAGCUAGUUUGGGCAGCCCUUGGAGACACCAAUGUGAAAAUAUGUUGUGUGGGCGUUGCAUUUGCCCUCAUUGCCAUAUGUGCAGCUUGGAGGGCGAGGUUGUUGGCAUUAUUCAGAUAUCGCAAUCCGAAAAAUCCAAGGGAUCAUAACGGAGCCCUUCCUCUUCCUGUGCAUGUGCCAAUUCGCGGAGCGCCCGCUCGCGGAUCUCACAAGAUUGGAAGCAAAGCCUGGGUGCCCGCAGACAGCCGCGGACUCUGCAGUGGAUGGUCCGUGACAGCGGACAUUUGCAUUUUUGUUUCUCCAUGA